ACGGUCCAAAUUUUCUUAAUGGAGAGAGAUUGGAUAGGUUCUUCACUCUAAUCUUUUUAAAAAGAUUGAAAAACUCUAAUAAAAAUGGCGCAGGCACAACCAGAAGAAAAAUUGCAGGAAAAUAGAGAGAAAGAGACAUCCAAGAAGGAUGAAAAAAGGGAAAUUUCUAAUUCUCCUUCUUUUAAACUCAAUGCACAUGCUCCCGAAUUUGUGCCAAGUUCGCAUACCCAGAUUCCGGUUUCUGGUUAUUUUUAUCCCUGCUUUAGUUAUCUGGGUGUGGGUGGGAAUGAUGGCAGUGGAUCGGCUGAUUGGGUUUAUGUUGGUGGCGGUGAUCAAGAUCAGCAAGUGCAGUUUUUCUCCAAUCCUGAUGUUGUGAUCCCCAAUUGUUCGAGGAAUUGCCUCACUGAGGAUCUUCAGCAAAAAAUCAUCAAACAGGUGGAGUGUCAAUUCAGCGGCCUGAGCCUACUUGCGAAUGAAUCCCUGGUGAAACACAUUAGUAAGGACCCUGAAGGCUAUGUUCCUAUAUCUGUUAUUGCAUCUAUGAAGAAAGUCAAAUCUUGCAUCACUAACCAUCAUUUGCUCGCUCAAGCUCUUUGCUCAUCCACAAAGUUGGUUGUAAGCAACGAUGGCAAAAAAGUGAGGCGUAAACACCCCUUCACGGAGAAAGACAAAGAAGAAUUGCAGUCUCGCACUGUUGUUGCUGAGAAUCUUCCGGAAGAUCAUUCUCAUCAAAACCUUGAGAAAAUCUUUAGUGUGGUCAAAAGUGUCAAAGCCAUUCGUAUUUGCCAUCCCCCCGAGCCUAAUUCUUCACGUUCUAGAGGAGAUUAUGUUUUUAGUAACAAGCUCCAUGCUUUGGUGGAGUAUGAAACUGCAGAAAUGGCUGAGAAAGCAGUUGAUAAGUUAAAUGAUGAACGCAAUUGGCGAAAAGGGCUGAGAGUUAGGUUGCUGAUUCGACGUUCACCAAAGUCUGUAUUGAAGAGCAGGAAGUCGGAGUUCGAUGAGUUACUUGACGAUGAAAGUGAUGAAGCAUACGACGCGUCUGAAGAAUCUUCUCAAACGAAUGUGAUUGAAGUUGCUGUCGACAAUAAUGCGGAAGAGGGUUCAAGGAAAGGAUGGGGACGAGGACGUGGGAAGUCAAAGUUACGCACGCCGACUCAUAACGGACGUGGGGUUCUUUCACAAUCACCACAAACAAGCGGUUCGCCGUAUUCGGAAACAUCAUCAACCAAACAAAGUAGUCCAAAAGGUCCAAGAAUGCCAGAUGGAACCAGGGGGUUCACCAUGGGAAGAGGGAAGCCAAUGUCUCCUCCUGCUCUAACCACCACACCAUAACAGAUUUUGUUAGGUUAGGUUCAUUAUCUUCCCCCCAAAUAGUACCUUUUCAGUCAUCAAAUCCAUUUGCUGUAUUUUGUAAUAAUGUGUGCUAUUUUCAUGAAUUCUUUUUGUAUAUUU